GUGUUAAACAAAAACAUCCUACCCGACCAGAGAGAGCACCUAUGGGUUCUAUAACAACCAGUGCCCCAUUUGAACUCAUCUCAAUUGAUUAUUUACAUCUUGAACAGAGUAAAGGCGGUUAUGAGUACAUUUUGGUCCUGGUAGACCACUUUACUCGGUUUGGUCAAGCUUAUGCCACAAAAAACAAAGCUGGCAGAACAGCGGCUGAGAAAAUCUUUUAUGACUUUAUCCCUCGCUUUGGGUACCCUGAAAAGCUGCAUCAUGACCAGGGCCGGGAGUUCGAAAACAGUCUCUUUCAGAGACUCCAGCAGCUCGCAGGAAUUUCCCACUCCAGAACCACUCCCUACCAUCCACAGGGGAAUCCUGUCGAGCGCCUGAACAGGACACUUCUACAAAUGCUCCGCACUCUGCAGGAGGAGAAAAAAACAGAGUGGAAGGACCAUCUACCUCACGUUGUCCACGCAUACAACUGUACGAGACACGAGGGAACAGGUUAUUCACCUUUUUUUCUUCUUUAUGGUAGAGCUCCACGUUUGCCUGUAGACCUUCUCUUUGACUUGAAACCUGAAGAGGAGUCACGGUCCAGACAAGAAUAUGCUCAGCAAUGGGCUUCACGCAUGCAGGAAGCGUACAAGAUUGCUUCAGAAAACAGUGGGAAGCGUUCAGCUAAGGGAAAGAAGUAUUACGAUCAGCAUGUUAAAGGUAUUACACUGCAGCCUGGAGACCGUGUGCUGGUCAGGAAUCUGUCAGAGAGGGGUGGUCCGGGGAAACUUAGAGCUUAUUGGGAAAAAAAGGUUCAUCGAGUGGUUGAAAAGAUGGGAGACGGACCUGUUUACAGAGUUCAACCAGAAACAGGAGAACGCACUCUCCGUGUGCUGCAUCGCAACCUUCUGCUACUUGUUAAUGAUUUGCCUUUAGAAGUCCCACUGAGUCAGUCCGCACUGAGAAAGAGACAAAGACAGACAGACUAUCACAGAAGCAACAGAGAGACGGUGGAGCAGGAGCCUGAACACUCUGAGGAAGAAGAGGAAUACACCUAUUGCCUUCGAACAAUUCCUGUAUAUAGCAGGAGGAGAGUCAGACCCGCAAGUCCUCAGUCUAACCCACCAGAUGAGCUCCGACCGAUAGCCCCAGAGUUUCAACCACGGAGACAGGUAACAAAUAUGUCUCAAAAACAACAACAACAUGAUACUGUCACCGUCUUAGAUCCAGUGCAGAUACCAGACCAGCUGGCAGCUGUCCCACCACCAGAUCAGGAAGUGCAAGAAGAACUCAGAACUGAUGACACUGUGGAGGAGGCUGAUUCAAGAGAGCAGGAGGAAAAUGAUGAGCCUGCAAUGGAACUGCCCGAGGAGGAAGUGCAACCUGUGAAGAGGUCAGCUCGAGCACCGAGACCUCGAGAAAGGCUCACAUAUGACCAUCUUGGACAACCAUCAUACCAGUCUUGGGGACCAGGUGCAAGCCUGAUGUUCGCCUAUGCCCCUUACCCCACGUCUCAUCUUCCAUUACCCCUCAAUCCAUGUCCCAUACCCUCCUUUUACACAGCUGUCCCCGAACAUUGUUUCUACCCUGCACAAGCAGUGUGGACAUGCUAGAGACACACAAAGACUUGAAGAACAGACGAGACCAGACUUUACUGCACACACACACACACACACACACACACACUUCCAUUGACACACACUUACGUUGACAAUUGGACUGUUUUGAGACAUUUUCUUUUAAGAUUUUUGUUAGUUUGGUUCUGGAUGUCGGAGACAUCUCUUGAAGCAGGGGAGAGUGUAGUGGGUCUGAAAUAGCCACAUAUAGUUUAUUAUGUUAACAGACACCCCCCUCUUUUUCAUUGUAAUAUUUGAACCUUUAUAAAGACAGUUUUGCAGAAAGCACUGCUACUUUGCACCAGUAGAGGGUGCUAUAACACCAGUGGGUUCAAGCAAACGGCUUCCGCUCUGCUUUGCUCGGCGCAUGUUCAGAUAAUAAACAUACCGAGCAGCAGUAGUGGAAGCUAACAGCUCUCGUGUUGUGUGUUUGGAUCCACAGGUAUUUAUACCGUAGCUCAGCCACUCAGUGCACGCUGCCUGAGGGGCUCAUGCUGCCGGACCAGAGACCCCUAGCUCUGGCGCCGG